AACGCAAGGCUUCAGCGGGGACUGCGGCGAGACGGAGGCGACCUCUGUCUUAAUUUUCGACCUAGCUAACGCUGUGACAUUGCAAUUUUGAACAUGUAACAAGCAACUGAUUUUUCUAUUUUUUUAUAUGUACUUGUGUGGCAGAAUACAGUACAUUUCUAUUUUUAAACAAUUUUUUUAUUCUGCCUGGUCCUUCUACAAUCCUGAACAUGGUCUUCGAUGCCAGAUAAUUAUUUGAAUCAGCGAGCUACGAGAUAUUAAGGACUAAGGACCGCCAUUACGGCUGAGACAAAGAAGAAACGCAACGUGUGGAAUAUUUCCUGCGCAUCCAACAUACCGGCUUUCCAGUGAGGAGUGCAGCUUGAAACAUCCCGAGGCGGCUAUAUCUUCAUCCAUCAGCUACGAAUUUAUCAACUGUUCUACCGUUAUUCCGGAAUACUACAAUCCGACGACGUCAAUAAGGAGUGAACAGGUUAAGAGGAGCUAAAAGUGAGUCCGUUCCUUAAUAUCUUGCAAUCAUUUACGUAAGAAGCAUUAAUAGCUAUUUUUCAAUAAUAUUCCUCUAUUUGACACAAUUUAGAAAGAAACUUAUAUUUAAAACCCUAUAUUAGGCCUUUAAAUAAUAACCGUAACCUAUUUUAAAAACUACGAUACAAAUAAAUCAUACUUUAAAACUCAAAUAUAUCUCAAUUACAUAAUUGCAUAAUAAGUGCAUCGGUCGAGCGCUGAUAAACGUUUUUUUGCCAUAUCUAACGGUACGCCCGGCCGACAUAGGUACUUAUCGCCAUAACUUAGCCGGCUUGCUUAUAGUAAACAACAUCGGAGUAAUUAACAUUAAAUUCGUAAGAAAGUGUUUUAGUUUACGUUCUCUCGUGGUGCUGGUGUUGUUAGUGGAACAGAGUGUUGAAAGUGCUAAGAAGGUAAAUACUAAGUGCAAUUUAAAAUGAAUGAAGCCUUGAUUAAAGAGUUAGUUAAGAAGAGGGGUCAUAUUAAGUCGCGAUUAACUAAAUUUUCAGGUUAUAUACGCGAGUUAGCCGAAAAAGCAUUGUGUGCGGCUCAGGUGACGGAACUGCAACUUCGGAUCGCUAAAUUAGAAUGUGUUUACAACACGUAUGACGAGAUUCAAACCAAGUUGGAGUAUAUGGUUGAGGAUGACGAGGCCCAAUUAGACGAGAGGUCUGACUUCGAGGAUUUGUACUACUCGUCAGUCGCGGCGGCUAAGGAAUUGGUAACCAUGCAUACCAAGGUCGCGCCUAGCGAUGGGGGGUCCGACAAUAAUACACGGCGUCAUCCACAUGUAAAAUGUAAGUUACCUACCAUUUCUUUACCCAAAUUUGGAGGCUCGUAUGAUACAUGGCUUGAGUUUCGCGACACAUUUGAUAGUUUGAUUAAUAAUGACGACUCCAUCGAUGAUGUAAACAAGUUUCAUUAUUUGCGGGCUUCAUUAGAAGGCAGUGCCGCAGUAAUUGUACAAUCAUUAGCAUUGUCUAGUAGUAACUAUAAAAUAGCUUGGCAAUUAUUAUGCGACAGAUACAAUAAUAAGCGGUUAUUAGUAAAUAAUCAUAUUAGGGCCAUAUUUAAUAUAAACCCAAUUACCAAGGAGUCAUCGACAGCUAUUCGGCAUCUUAUAGACACGAUAUGCAAAAAUAUACGUGCGUUAGCGACCCUUGAUGAACCAACCACCCAUUGGGAUACAUUAUUAGUGUAUAUAAUAUGUCAAAAACUUGACAAUGUUACUAGACGUGAGUGGGAGGAGUUUGUGCCUAGUUGCGAAACAAUUACUUUCGAUGCUAUCAUACAUUUCCUCAGCGAUCGUGCGGAUCUAUUGGAAACCAUGGCGAUGGAGGGCCCCGGACGUCGCGCGUCCUGGCCGCUCGCCGCCGGCGCCGGCGCUGUCCCUGCGGCGCACGCGCGCUCCGCCGUGCGACGGGUAAAGGAAAAAUGUUUCGUAGGACUAGAUGAACGUGAAACCGAUACUGAGCGAACCAAAUGGAGGCAAGCCAAGGGUCAACUUGCAACCGAUACCAUGGUCGUCGUCAAAGAAGACAACCUCCCUCCAAUGAAAUGGAAGCUCGGUAGAAUCGUUAGCGUCAUCCCUGGAUCUGAUGGCAUCAAUCGUGUGGCCGACAUCCGGACGUCGUCUGGGAUCAUCCGUCGUGCGUUCAGCAAAAUAUGUCCACUACCAAUCGAAAAGUAAAUCUAUGGUUGAAAGACCAACCUUUCAACGUGGGCGGGCAUGUUGGAACGAAACGCAAGGCUUCAGCGGGGACUGCGGCGAGACGGAGGCGACCUCUGUCUUAAUUUUCGACCUAGCUAACGCUGUGACAUUGCAAUUUUGAACAUGUAACAAGCAACUGAUUUUUCUAUUUUUUUAUAUGUACUUGUGUGGCAGAAUACAGUACAUUUCUAUUUUUAAACAA